AUGAGGGCAUUUAUGGAGCCAGAAUUCAAACAAUUUGAUGUUGUAACCGAUUACUCAGACCAUGAGUAUGUCAAAUUGAAUCGACAAAUAAGUUUCGGAAGCAAAGCGUACAAAACAAUCAUGAAAGAAUGGAAUGUGCUAGAGAGCAAUCUCCCAGAAUCAAUUUAUGUGAGAGUUUAUGAAGGAAGGAUCGACCUGCUCAGAGCUGUGAUUGUUGGGGCCCCUGGAACACCAUACCACAACGGCCUCUUCUUAUUCGACUUUGCAUUCCCUCCAAGGUACCCGGAUGUACCUCCAAAGGGACAUUAUAAAUCAUUUGGCCUCCGUUUGAAUCCAAACCUUUAUGAAAAAGAGUUUAUCUGUUUGAGCCUCUUGAAUACAUGGGAGGGUCCAAGGUGGAAACCUCGCACGUCAACCAUGUUACAGGUGCUGGUUUCUCUCCAGGCACUGGUACUGAAUGAGAGACCUUACUUCAAUGAGUCUGUGCUUGAACCCUACAAAGGAACGAUAUGGUACGAGAACCAAUCGUUGAGGUAUAACAAUGAUGUAUUUGUGAUGUCAUGCAAGACGAUGUUCCUGCUCCAAAACAAGCCAAAGAACUUUGAGGAUUUCAUUGUCAAACAUUUUCGCAGCCAUGGACGGCUUAUUUUGACAGCAUGUAAGGCGUAA